AUGGGGUCACAAAUUGAUUCACAAGACGAGUUCACGGUGCUCGUCACUGGCUUCGGCCCUUUCAAAGCCCAAUACCCCGUAAAUCCCUCCUGGGAAAUCGCCCACUCUCUACCAGCAUACCUCCCGCCCCUCCGCGCCAAGAACCCAAAAGAUCACCACUCUUCAACCUCCCCCUCCACUUCGUCCUCCUCUCGGCCCCUCCCACCCGUCCGCAUCCUCGUCCACCCGGAAGCCAUUCGCGUAAACUACCAAAACGUCCGCCGCCUGGUACCCCAGCUAUGGGACCCGGCAGUUCAUCCGCGCAUAGACGCGACCGUACACAUCGGCAUGGCGGGACCGCGGCUGUUCUACUCGAUUGAGCGCCGCGGUCACCGGGACGGCUACGCUUUCCCUGACGUGGACGGGAAGAAGCUCGAGGACGAGGAUCGGCGAAGGGAGGAGGGCGAGAAUUGGGUGUGGUACGGCAUGCCGUCUGAGAUUGAGACGGGAUUGGAUCUGGCUGAUGUGUUGGAGCGGUGGAAGGAUCAUAGCCCGGAAGGAUCCGAUCUCCGUAUAUCCGAAGACGCGGGACACUACCUCUGCGACUUCAUCUACUUUUCCAGCCUAGCGCAUCUGUGGAAGGCACAGAAGCACCGCAGAGUGACGUUCCUCCACGUCCCGUCCGACGCAUCCGAGGCGUCCGUCUCCAGAGGUACCGAAUUGGCGAUACAGCUGAUCCGGUCUAUUGCCGAGAGCGAGCUGAGUCGCAGACGUAAAGGAGGCGAGGAGGAAGUCGUGGGUAAGGAUGAUAAGAUUGCGGUUGAGCUACGGGUAUAA